AUGGAAAAUGGAAAUGUUGGUACUAAUGUUAUGAGAAAUCCAGAAGUAAGUAAUUCUCUACCUCUUGCGCAUCGUGGAAAUAUAGCUUAUUGGGAAUUUAAGGUGCUUGAUUCUACUAUAGAAUUGAACGGUUUUUUGGAAAUUCCUAAAGAAUACCACUACAUAUUUGUAGAUCAAAGUCAAAAUGAGAUUAUUUUGGCUGAUAAUGAUUCUAAACAAACCUAUGUCUGUGAUAUUAUUUUUACGCAUCAAACCAAUUUGGAAAUAGUAAUAGGAAGAGGUUGGUUGAAUUAUGUUAGAGACGUUAAUUUGAAGGCUGGAGAUACAUUGGUGUUUCUCCUAUAUGAAAAUCAUCCGGAAAAGCUUCAUGUGUGCGUUGUUGAUAGAGUUUGA